GCUAUGAUGAUCCUCUGUUUACAUGCUCUGUUUGCCGCGUCGACAGUUCUCUCACUAAGAAGCCAGCAAACCGAGGUUGGAUCGUCUCAGUUGAGUCUGUUCGACUCUGAGCCCGACGACUUAUCGUUUAUUACAUCUUCCAACUGCCCAGCUACCCCGUCUACCUCUUGGCAGGUUGACUGCUUCUCGUUCGUUCAGCCGUCUGUUCCUUCGUCUGUCGCCCCAGAUCCCCUCGAACGCUUCCAACGAGUGGGUCCUGGUAGGAGAGGCCAGUUUUUUCUAUAUAGCGGGAUGAAUCACAGCGAUUGGGUCGAUUGGUGGUUGGAGACUGACUAUGGAUCAAAUAACAAGAUCACUUGGGAGUCACAGCAUGGUUCCGCUUCGGAGACCUGGAAACAAUUUGAGCAAGUAGCGCAUACAGGCACUGGGAGCCCGAAGGUUAUGUGCAAGCGUUGCGAUGCAAUUCUUGAGCACCCUUAUGCUACAAAGAAGGAUGCCAAUGGGAGGGUUGGUCGUCAUGGCACGACGACUAUUACCCGCCAUCUUCAGACCUUAACCUGCCAAAAGGCCACUGGAGUACGGCAACAAAGGGGGAGAUUGAAGGGAUUUCUGCACUCGCAGGGUCAUCCAGCCGAUCGACCGUUCUCGCAAGAGGCCUGGGAGGAUAAACUCUUACAGUUUAUCACCAUUAACCGCCUUCCGUCUAAUCUCGUUGAACAUCCAACCUUCCGUGACUUGAUCUCGCACUCGCAGUCCGCCCCAACUCCAAGCCUUCCAACCAUACAAUCGGCUGAUACAAUUCGACGUCGGCUGUCUGUUCGUGUCAAAGAACGACAGCGGGAUACACUCGGCUUGCUACCAGAGCAUGCGAAGAUCUCGGUUGCGUUGGACUGUUGGACAUCCCCGUUUGGGCAGGCGUUUAUGGCUAUCACUGGCUAUUUUAUCGACGCCGACUGGGUCUACCGCGAGGUGCUGCUUGGCUUCAAACCCCUUCAUGGCACACAUUCGGGUGCGAACCUAAGUGCUGUUCUUAUGAAGACGCUCACUGAGCACGGAAUUGUGGAUCGAGUCUUUGGAUUGACCACUGACAACGCGUCAAAUAACAAGACACUGGUUGAUACGCUUCAACAGUCUUUGUCUGGCGAUGUCAAUGUUAUCCGAGUCCCCUGUCUUGCCCAUGUGAUCCAAUUAAGUCUGAACCAAUUGCUUGAUCGUUUGAAAGCUGUCCCACUGAAUGAUACGACUGAGACCACAUGGACAGACCGCCAAGUCAACCUCGCCAAAGCGAAUGCACAAUCCAGGGAGAUAUCGCAUACCUUAAAUAAGGCACGAUAUCUUGCUAUCUACAUCCGCGGCAGUCCGCAGCGUCGGGAGUUAUUCACUGCUGUCCAACCCCUAGGGCAAGGGCUUAUGCCGAUCCAGGAUGUCAGAACUCGAGGAUACUAGAGCUUCGAUCGGCUGGGAUAAUAAAAAAAGAUCAAAUGUUUGGGAUGAAUUCGACCAAGUUGCAAACGAAAAGACUGGCGAGCCAAAGAUCAUAUACAAGCGCUGCCAUACUACCCUUACUCAUCCCUAGUUACGCCGCGGGGGAACAAGCCCAAUGAAUACGCAUCUUAAAAGUACUACUUGCAAGCCUGGGCUGCAAAGACGAGGAAUUGAUCAGC